UCUGCUCUGAAGCUUCCACUAUCAGGCAGGGCAUCGUGCAAUAGAUGGUCUCAUCCCGGCCAAGGAAGGCGUCACCAUCGCUCUGCAUCAGUCCACACUUAUUCAGGAUUUUUUUGUCGGCUGAGCUCCGGCGAAAUCCCUGUAGCUCUACUGCAAUACGAGGCAGAGCGGCUCAUCACUCUACAUGUUCUCAGUCCGGUUGUCUCGAAGAUCGUUGUCGAAGUCUUGGAGAACUUAAGUUUACCGUCACAGUUCAUCGCAAGCACGCAAUCUAUGCCAUCCCGAAAGUCAGCAACGAAGAUAACCGCAUUGAAAUGGAUAUAAAACUUUCUGUUUCCUGUCUCUGGAGCUUUGAUUGUCUCAGUCCGAUCGACUUUUGAACAGUCACCAAGACUUUUCCUGUGCAAGAUACAAAUAUGAGAUUCACGAGGAUAUCGAAAUGGCUCGGGGAAGAUCCGGAGCGGACGCUUGUCCUCAAGCUUGACCUUCUGUUACUCUUCUGGGCGUUUGUGGCCGGCUUGACAAAGGACAUGGAUCAAUCAGCAACGACCCAAGCAUACGUUUCAGGAAUGAAAGAAGCAUUAUCGCUGUACGGCAACGAGCUCGUUGAGUUUACUACAUAUUUCUCUAUUGGAUACGCCCUCGCAAUUGUUCCUUCACAGAUGAUCCAGACUCUCAUCCGGCCGUCAAUAUUCCUCCCUUUCUGUGAGGUUGUGUGGGGACUUUUGACACUUACCACAUAUGCUGCAAAAAACUCCCAGACUAUCUAUGCCAUUCGGUUUUUCCUGGGUAUCUUUGAAUCAACAUCCUGGCCUGGACUAGUUGCUCUCAUCUUCAACUGGUACACUCCUGCCGAGCUUGGAAAAAGACUGGCCAUAUUCGGUGUCAGUGGUGUUGCCGGCAACAUGUUCCUUGGUAUUUUGCAGGCAGCUCUCUAUAGGAAUUUAAAUGGGGCGGCAGGUCUCGAGGGUUGGCAAUGGUUAUUCAUUGUUAGCGGCUGCAUUACCGUGUUCUGGGGGCUCAUUGGUUUCUUGAUAAUCCCGGACUCGCCCGCUAUUACACGAGCCCUGUGGUUGACACACGCUGAACGUCGCCUGGCCGUCGCCCGCAUGAAGAAGAACAACACGGAGACGUCGAAGAUCAUCAACUACAGGCGACUUUUUAGGAAAGCUAAGCUCAUCGCCACGAGUCCUCUUGCAUACCUUUAUAUGGCGGCAUAUCUCCAAUUUGCUUGGAGCCAGAGGGCCAACAGCUACUUUUUGUUGUAUCUCAAGGGGCUUGAAAAGGCAGAUGGACAACCGCUCUACAGCACGUAUACCGUCAAUCUGAUUCCACUAGGCGGAUACGCCCUAUCAAUUGUGUGUACGAUUCUACUAAAUGCCCUCAGCGACUGGAAACAUUGGCGCCUGCAGGUUGCGAUUGCCCCAGCAGUCGUCCAGAUACUUUCGUGUGGUGUCCUUUCAGGAUGGCCUGAUUCAACGCCCGCGAUUCUCACAUUCUAUUUUUUGACAUUCUCCACAGCUGCCUGGGGCUACUCCCUCCUUGCAUGGUUGGGAGAGAUACUUCGGAAAGAACCAGAAGCCCGUUCGCUUCUUGUCGGUGCUUCUGUCACCCUUGUUUGUAAGUUUUCAAGUCCUAAGCCAUGAGCUCAUACGGGAGUUGAUACCUGACAGACGUUGGACAUGCCACUAUACCUCUUCGCGCUUGGCGAACAUCUGAUAGUCCGCGCUAUCCGAUGGG